GGACAGCAGCAAAGUGCAAGACAUAUACCCUUGCACUCCCCUCCAAAAGGAGAUGUUUUUGCAUUCGCUAUCGGGCAAGAAAUCCCAGCUGGCCCGGGAGGUGGUCGAGCUCGCUGAGGAUGUGGAUCCUGCGCACACGAUUCGUCCGGACUGAGUCGGGAGAGCUUGUGCAAGUUGUCGUCCGAGAGGACCUAGCCUGGCAGUCACAAACAGACUAUAAAACGGCGGAUGCAGAGCACCUACCUGCCCUAGGAAAGCGACUGGCUCACUGGGCGCUGACCCCGGGGGACAAAUCGUCGCCUAACGGUCAUAUGAUCGUGACCAUCCACCACGCUCUGUUCGAUACCAUCACGUUAGGCCACAUCUUCAGUGCAGUCUACACAGCGUACCAAGGCAUCCAGGUGCCCAUGCAGCCCGUUUCCUUCGCAUCCUUCCUAGCCCGCGUGGCCGAGAGCCAGGCCCAGAGACAAGACUCCCAUACGUUCUGGCGCUCCUACCUCUCCAACUGCACAGCGUCCGCGUUUCCCGCCCUGCCGUCCCCGGACUACAAGCCAAACGCCAGCUGCGGCUCCCAGCGUCACAUCCCGCUCCCGCCGUCCGUUGAACCGUCGUUGGAGCGGCAUGGACUCACGCUGUUAACGCUCGUCCGCGGCGCAUGGGCACUCAUGCUGUCGAACCACUCCACCCCCGCCAACGACGUGCUCUUCGCCUCCCUCCUAUCCGGUCGAAACGUCGCCCUCCCUGGCAUCGACCACCUACCCGCGCCCACCCAAACACACGUACCAAUCCGAAUCUCAAUACAACCCAACGAACCCACCCCCAACUUCCUAUCCCGCAUCCAGACCCAAGCAACAGCCAUGACUCCCUUCGAACACGACGGCAUAGACCACAUCCACAGUAUCGACGAACACGUCCGCGACACAUGCAAUAAAAUCGGCCACUUACUCAUAAUCCAGCCGCUGCCGGCCGAGACCACGCCGGCUGAGUUCCCCGGGCGCAUUGUCUCGGGGCCGAGGGUGGAUGUGGCGGCGAUGGGAGAGUUCACUUGGUAUGGGCUGAUGGUGCAGUGUAUUAUUCUUCCUGGGGGGGUUUUGGUGAGGGCUUGUUUUGAUGAUGGUGUUUUGUCGGCGGGGGCUAUGGAGAGUAUGUCGACUUGAUUCGUGAAUGACGCGGUGUUUGUAUACUAAGAUUCCAAUAUGUGCUCAAUGGCAUCCAGAAAGUUAUGGUUGCUCAAGAAAUCAAGUACAUACAUGCGAAGAUAUAUAUCGUGAACAGGCACUUAGCGCGAUAUAUGUCCAUUGCAAAUGCUAUUCAUUCUAAAUGUCGAAAAAUCUGAAAACUAAAGAAAUCGCACCAAGAUACUGCGGCCAUCAGAGCUCUCUUUUG